ACUUAUACGUACAUUAUUAGAAAGGAAAUAAUAGUUAUUGUUAUCACAACAAUGGUUGUUUGAUACAUUAGUUCUUGUUAUGAGCGACAUGACGUCAUAAACAAAUCGCCAGUGACUUCCUGCGUGUCUAGUUACUUUGUGGGAGGUCGCCGAGAUACAAACACGUUAUGUGCUCUAUAAAGUUGUUCGUUGUAUCUUUAUUGCUAAGUUAUUGUGUAUGUUUGACGCCGCAAUGCAGGAACGAAAAGGGCGAACCGGUCGAUUGGUUUUACAUGUACAAGUUGCCUCGAGAGAAGAACCAUCUUAAUCCCCUUGUACGCAGGGGCGUGGCGUAUAUGCACUUAACACCGUCCAAACUAAGAGGGGGAUGGAUAAUGUCCGAUAUAGCUAUCAGUGACCCGCGGUCCAUGCUUGGAAGGACCUUAGCGCCUUUGUAUCAGGACAAAAACAUAAUUUCGUUGGUUUAUAAUGAUCAACCGCCAGCCUCAGAAAAUCAACCAGACAUCUUGCAGUCUGUGGCAGAAAUGUAUUCCAAAAGUAAAAGAGGUCAAAUGAAACAAGCUGGCGUAAAGAAAUUCAAGAAAUUUAAAUUAGGGGACAAAUACUACGACGACUACGACUUAGCGGAGAUGUGUAAGAUGCACUCGAAGUUUAUGAAGACAAGAGUAGAGAGCGGGCACACCAAGGGCGUGAUACUUGGAGACAAGUUCACUUCGUUAUGGCUGGUGCAUUCGGUGCCGAGGUUCCCGCCUGUACCUGACCUUGUCCACGGUUUUAACGUAAGUGCAUACGAUUACCCCACAACUGGUAUGAAGUACGGCCAGUCUUUCUUAUGCGUGUCGGUUCAAACAUCUACAUUGAACCAAAUUGCAACCCAAUUGAAGUACAAUGAACCGCUUAUUGUGUACCAGAAUAUACCUCAAGAGUUUGAAAGCGAAUUACCCAAUUUAGUUGAUGUUGUUCAUAAUAAGACAAUUGAUGCUUCACCAUGGUACCAUAUAGAAAGUUUCGAAACCCUAGUUGGUCGUAAAUUCUUGUCAUUUGCCAAGAGUGCUAUGUUCAACGAUGACUUAUACAGUGGUUUGGUAGCAGAAGUACUCCAAUCAGAUCUGCUCGUAGAAUCAUGGACCAACGGUCCAGGCACGUUAGAUUCAGAAUGCAGUAGAAACUUUCAAGUCAGAAACAUAGAGCGGUUAAAGUUCCCCAUAGCGAAAAUGUCUUUCACAUCACACAACGAUCACUCCAAAUGGGCCGUGGCGGUUGCCCAUAAAAUGCACAACAGCCAAGAUACCAAAGUGGCAGAUUAUUGGGUCUGCGUUGGAGACAUAAAUAGAGCGCUGCCACAAGAAUCGCGCGGAGGCGGUACAGUUUGCACGUCAGGGCCAAUACUCUGGGGCAACUUCGCACAUCUCAUAGAAUCCGUUCAGACGUGGUAUAUAUACAAGCCUCCAAGUGAUGUCGGUGUAUAUUUUGAAUCGGGCCGCAACUUUAGUUUCAUCACGCCGGACACUUCAGGGCGCUGGCAGACCUCUGAUAGAUACAUCACUGCCAAUUCCAUGCUUCAGUACACUAUGUCGCCUUUGUUUAGGCCGACCUACACAGAUUAUCUCGCAAUGGUGGCAUACACGGAUAAACAAGAAGACGAGGAGUUCCCAGGCUCCUCAGCUCUUGGCGUCAUGAUGGCGGAUGAAAUGGGCGGUCUUUGGAUCUCUCAUUCAGUUAAAGGAUUUCCGGACUUGAGACGAGAUAGGCCGACGUUCCCUGAACAGGAAAUAUCAUCAGGGCACAUGUUAAUGUGCAUGUCAUUAGAUCUCGUAACACUGAACGAGGUAGCUGCUUCGCUGAGAACCGUCACUCCACAAAUAGUUGACAUAAAAAUUCCACCGGCGAUACAACCAUUCUUACCUGAUUGGGAGUACAUGACCAUAGACAGGAUUCCUUUAAGUAGCAAGCCACCGCUCGAAUUCGUUACUCGAAAGAAAUCUCUACGAGCAGUGAUGAUGGUCCGCUCGCCAGGCGAUAAGAGGUGCCUUUACAAAUCCUUUGCCCGAGACAAUGGCAUUGUCCUGGAUGUUUAUAGACACGAUUUGCGUAGGAAACCUUUUUGUGACAAGGGUUACAGUAUCCGCAGCAUUGAUGCUAUAUCACUUAAAUACCCAGAAAAAGUAUUUUACAUAGACAAUAGGACCGAUCGCAUAGGAUUUGCAGUGAGUACUACAGCACAUUGGCAAAGAAGAUCGUCGAGAUCACAACAAUACUGGACAUGUACUAGCAACGUAGAGGGACAAGAUAAAACCACUAAAGGAGGAUUAAUACUUUGCGUAGAAGAUUACAAAGUUUGGUUGACUUUUGAUAACCUUAAAAUAAAGGAACCCGAAUGCUAGAUUUGUGUAAAUUAUUUCAAUGACUUAAUUCUUUCUCCAUUGAAGUUACUUACCUAAAUGUGUCUCGGGUACUUGGAUAAUAGUGACGAUUAUGACAUAAAACAUAUUAUACUUAUCGCCUAAAACACUA